GUAGCGAGGAUUGUCGAAACCAUUCCUCACCACAGAAUUGUCUCCCUCCUCUCUCCCCCACCCCCUAGGAGGAGGAGGAGGAGGAGGAGGAGGAGGAGGAGGAGGAGGAGGAGGAGGAGGAGGAGGAGGAGGAGGAGGAGGAGGAGGAGGAGGAGGAGGAGGAGGAGGAGGAGGAGGAGGAGGAGGAGGGGGAGAGGAGCUCCUAUCCCCCCUAGAAUUUGGGAUAAGAGGAGCUUGAGCCUCUUUGCUUUUUCCAUUG